AUGUUGAGGAAGAUGGCCAGUCGCCCACGUCAUAUGUACCUGAACAUUGUCUGGUCCUCCGACGGUCUCUCACUCGGCGUUCUCGAAAACUUUACCGAAUGUCUGCAAACCUUCGAGCUAUUGGACGGAUUCUUGGAUUUGCCAGGAGAGUCGGAGCCCAGUAGAACCUGGCCUCACGUGCAGAGCUUGCACCUGGCCGAUUCUAUCACAUCGAUAGCAAUGUCCCAUAUUUCACUCGCAUUCCCCAACACUAGGAGCUUCAAAUGUUCAGCCACUUGCUCAUUUGCCCCUCAAUCUCCUUCACACUGGGCCUAUCUGGAUGAGGCUGAAGCUCCCACCUGUGCUCCUCUCAUAUUCCCAAUUCGCAGGCUGGUGUUGCUUGACUCGGGUGAGGAAGCAAUGUUGGCCAUCGUUCGGCACACGUCGCCCGUUGUCCUUAUUUGCAGUGCCUUCCCGGAAUUCUUUGCGGACGUCCCACCGGUUGCGCCCGACUUGAAGUACCUUACGAUUGACUCCCCUGGAAUGAACGGAGAAGUAUCCGACAUCAAGUCAAUGUCGGUCUUGAUCGCUCGCUCACUCUGCACCUUACCUCUUGUAGCACUUUCCUUCCGUUAUAAGCAAAGGCGGUUCUCCACACCCAUCCCCAUGCCGACUUUAAAGGACAUUGCGCAAGAGGUCGCCGCAGAACUCCCAACACUGAAUUAUAUACACUUCGAUGUACGAAUCUCGAGGUCGAAGAAAAAGCGUAUCCAGCAGUGGUACUAUGUGACGCUUCGCCAGGAUGGUCUCGCGCAUAUGCGCUCACUGAAUGAACAAGAGUCGGGGAUUCUGAAGCAGCGGCUGGACAAGCUGGACCGAACCUAA